UUAACCCAAUAAUUGAAUUAUUUAUUAUUAUUAUUAUUAUUUUCUAACUACAGAAGAGGAACAAAAUUUAAAGGAAGCUUUGAUGACAGAUUUCAGAUAUAUUACAUACAGAGAUACUCUUCAAUUUGUUAUCUCAAAAGAUGGGAAAACUAUAAAUAUUAAUGUCUUUUGUGAGCUUUUAAAUUCGAUAUUGAGACAACUUGAGUUGCAGAAUAAAAUCAUCAAAGUAGAUCCAGAAGAUUUGAAAAUAAGCAAAUUACCUCAAGAAUCAAUUACGUCUGGUUUUCCAUCAAAAUUAAUUAAAGAAUCGAAAAAUAUGCAAGAGGAUUCUACAAAUUCCAACACGCACAAACCAGAAAUUAAACAACAGAGAAAUGAUAAAUCUCUUCUACCAUCCAUUCAAUGCCAUGAAACCGAACUCAAGCUUCCAGUGGUUCAAUUAGAAGAUAAAAAGGAAUUUCAGCUUAGAAAAGAUUCAGAUAAAAAUAAUUUAAUUCCAAUUUCCUCGUUGAAAUCUCUAAAUGAAGGGAAAGAAAAAACUUUACCUAUGAAAGAUACGAACGUUAAUACUCAGAAUAAUAAACCAGAUUAUUUCUUGAGUGUUGACAAUAAGAAUAUUUCAUAUUCAAAUAGUUAUGAUGAAAAUAGCGUAGAAAAUGCUUCAGACAGAAGAAAACAACGUGAAAAAAGUGUUCGUAGGAAAAUACUUAGAAAAUUAGCUUCUCCUCACAAGAAAAGAAGAUUUCGUAAGGAAGAAUCGAUAAUUGCAAAUAAAAGAGACGAUGAAAUAUCAAAGAAAAUAUCUCUUUUGGAGAAAAAAUUUGAUGAGAUUAAACAAAUAUUAGAGGAAAGAUUUUAUAAAUUAGAAGAAAAAGUAACCACAGAAAUGAAAAGGGAGAGAAAGAAAGGAAGUUUACUUCCUUCAAAAAGUAGUCAGUCAUCCGAUGACUACAUGUUUAGUAAGAAUUAGAUCAUUGUCAGAUGACAACAUAUUCAAAUCUCAAUUGGAGGAGAAAAUUCAUAUAAAUAGAGGAUACGCACCAAACACUCUGCACAAUACUGCCUAACACAUCCUCUAGUAUCCUCUAAUCUUUGAUUUUGUGCCAUAUAGAUUGAACUUCUGCCCAAAGGACAGGAAGGUUACAAGUCAAGAAUAAUAUUGAGGUAUUAUAAUCAGUACUUUUGUAAACUCUCUCUCUCUCAACCUUUAGGGACCUAUUUAGUUUAAGGUUUAAUUAUUCAUGUUUUAAUCAUAGCUAGAUGUUAUUUAGUUUGUUCAUUUGUAUUCUUUGUUAUUCAUUAAAAUUUUGCUAAACUGGAUUCUAGUUUCCUGGACUUCUGUCACUUAUUCGUGUGUCUCCCCACUCAAACGAGCCCUCCUAAUUGAAAUAGUAGUAAGAAUCACGAGUUGGGAUGCAUAUAAUUAUCCUAACUGAUGUCAAUCUUGACAUUAAUCUUGAUUUCACGAUCUAGAUCUUUCUUACCGCUC